AUGCUCAAUCGCCGCUAUCUCGCCUUGAUCCCGCUCUGGCUACAGGCUUCCCUGCCUGUAACAGCCCAGGAGUAUACGGAGAAAGUCUGGGGAGUGUUUGCGUACACUAUACAUGGAGAUAGUACCCCCAAUGUUCUAGCAGAGGCUCGCCCCAGAUUCCUAUCAGACUAUGGAGCGAAUCAGCUUGCGGCCGCCGGGGCAGCCUUUCGUGACCGCUACUUGUCGUCUGGUGGAAGCAUCAAUGUCUCCGAUUCCGCGAUUCAAUACAUCUCUGCAAGUGUUCUAGACUCGAAGGAUGUCAGUAUAUUCUCGACGACGGACCAAUUCGUCAUUGCAUCGACGCAAGCGUUCAUGCAAGGUCUAUACCCGCCACUUGGGCAAUCGGGAAUGGCUCCCUCGGAUACCGGGGGCAAUAGCUCUUCUGACGUGUCCCCACUUGACGGAUACCAGUAUCCUCAGAUUGUUACGCUCGGGAAUGGUGAUCCGCAGUCUGUCAUGGUGGCAGGGCAAGCGGAUUGUAGCAUGCAUCAAGUGGCCGAAUCCGAGUACCGAACCGGGGACUAUGCACGGGAGAUCACAGAAAUAACGGAUGCAUUCUACGUGAGGCUCUGGCAUGAAGUUCUAUCUGGAGUCUAUGCCGAAUCAUCGGCUACCUACAGUAAUGCGGUCGAUAUCUCCGACUACAUCGAGUACGAGGUGGUGCACAACAGCACUGUCCAAACUCAACUUACCGAGGACGAGAUCAGACAGGCACGCUGGUGGGCCGACCACUAUACCUACGCGACGAAUGGUCAGAGUGAUUCCAGCAGCCAAUCGACAAUUAGUGCCGCCAAUCCUAUUGCAGGCCAAACCUUGGCAACCAGCAUUCUGCGAGCCUUUGAUCUGAACAUCGAGGAAUUCGGGACGGGACAGAAGAUGACCCUCUUGUUCGGCGGUGAUGAGCCCGCUGUAGCCCUAGCGUCCUUGCUGGGUUUAGCGUCAGAGCAACGGCCCAACUUCUAUUCCCGUCCAGUUCGCGGCGCCUCGUUGGUCUUUGAGCUGUAUAGCUAUGAGGCUGACGAAGUGUAUCCGACGUACCCGGGCAUUGACAACUUGUAUGUGCGUUUCUUUAUGCACAAUGGCACCAACGACACCGAUUUUACGUCGUAUCCAAUGCUUGGAUACGGCCCCAGCCACGAAUACAUCCCAUACUCGGAUUUCCGGUCUGAGGUAGAAACGUUUGCCGUACAGUCAACGCAAGAGUGGUGUCUCCGGUGCAAUUCGGCAGCUGUCUUCUGCACGGGGGUCUUGGAUAACAGUGGAUCCAACUCCUCCAAGAAGAAGAAAGGAAUGGCUCCAGCCGUGGCUGGUGUAAUUGGGGCUGUGGUAACUCUCGCGGUUAUCGGGUUGCUCGCCGCCUUGGGAUUCUUCAUCUGGAGUAGGCGCAAGCGUCAGGGUAACCACAAACCAAGCCUUGGAGGGUUCAAGGGAACUGGCAAGCUUGCGAGUGACACUGAUGUCACGUUCAGAAGCCCUAUGUGGGACGCUUCCAAGUCUGCACAUGCGGAGCAGAACGAUGACAUCGCUGGCGGUGUUGUCGUGCGUGGACACGAGAGAUUGGGUAGCUGGGAGAUGGGCCAGCAGAAGAAGGAGAUUGACGAUGUCGAGUCGGCGAGUCACCGUCACAUGUCGACUCUCGAGGAUGAAAACGAAGACGAAUGGCGCAUCCAUAGCGGCCUUCAACCUGUGAAGAUCCGGGAGAGUGUCUGA